AUGCCGAAAGGCCCACCAUGUCAUCGGUGCUCCACUCGUAGCUUAUCGUGUACGUUUGUUCAAGGCCCGGGAGAAAGGAAAAGGAAGAGAGCGUCUUCGCCUGUUGAGGCGGCGGUAUCGCCUUCAAACUUCUGGGAACAUGCCCACCAGGACUUUCCCAUCCCGGACUUCUUCAACCUGACAGAGAAUGAUCUCCUGGGCGGCGAUAUUGAACAACUUCACGAUCCCCUAUUUCUUGCGGGUAAUCGUGUGGCCUCAGCUGGAACCGAGACGCCUUCUCAGACCUCCUCACGCGAUAAUGACUCUUCUCAAGCCUCCCCGCAGUCAAAUCAUGGCCUCUCUCAGGCACGGGAAUCACAAAAAGGGACAUCAGAUCACCCCGUUACAUUGACCGAGAACCGACCUUUACACCGAUCCCUUGAAGCAAUACCCGGGGCUUUCAGCUUCUUCAUAGGCCCCACCGGAGCAGCCGAUAUUCACCUCCUCAACCGCGAGCAAUAUGAUGACCACGAUGUUGCUCGGCCCAGAUUGAGCGACGGCGAAGAUGAGAUGUACGGUAUCGGUGCAGUUUAUUUGUGCUAUAUCAUUACCCAUAUGACACUGUUCCGCGCUCUACUUAGGCCUCUUGAUCGUUGGCCUGCUAUUGCGCUGCAAUCUCCCAAUGAGGCCGAGGGACUGUUUAAUGCCGCAAAGGCAGUCAUCAAAGGCUCUAUUCUUUGUGUCAAAGAGUUUGUAGAGAUGCUGGAAAACAUGACCGGAUCUCAGUGGAAUGGGUUCUGGCACAGCUGGAGUCGGCAAAACUUUGCCAUCGGCGGGUCAUUCAUGGUGCACUUAUUGCACAUCACAUCGGCAUCUAACGCGAGAACUUCGAGCAUGGAUUACGAGGUGGAGAAGCGCGACUCGGGCAUCUGCAACAGGCGCAGCCGGCGCAAAGGGUCUGGCUAA